AUGGGUAGGACAGGUGUAAGCUCAGAUCAAAGAACAGGAAUGAUUCAAAUGGACGAAGCCUGGUGGAGAGAACGUGAGGCGGAAAACAGAUUAAUAAGAUCUUUUCAUCGUCGGCCACCGAGACAGUGGGAGGCUGCAGAACGUAUAUUUAAAUGGAGUGAUGUUUCAACUCAGCAUAUGUAUGACGUAGAUGGAGUACGUAGAGAACUCGAUGACGAAAGACUUGAUCUAAGCGAUGGUGAUGGAGAUGGUAAUGGUGAUGGUGAUGGUGAUGGUAAUGAUAGUGGCAAUGGUACACAUGAGACACCUAUCAAUGAGUACAUCCCACAACCCCAAGAUGAAAACCCACCGUAUCCAGAUCUCUCUUUUAUUGACUCUCAAGAACCACGUGGUGAAACGCCAUUUGAAAGCGGACAAGAGUUCUCACAUGCAUCCGAACAGGAAAUUCCAGUGACAAGUGGACAAGUAAAUCCAGAUCGGAUGGGGAGACAAAACACACGUACAGCUCCGUACAGUGUUGGGCGAGGAGAAUCUAAUCGUCGAAGAGGUGCAUCACGAGGACGUCUUUCAACUAAAACAGAGCGAGGUCCACGUAGAAGACGUGAAUUUGAAGGGUCUAUGAGUGCUGCAUUUCAUGAAAUGGCAAGUGCACGGCGUGCAACUGUUUCGGCUUUACGACCUGAUCGAUAUAAUCAAGAAGAUUAUGAGAAGUUCAAAGAAGCGUUAGCUAUACUCAACUCACUCCCAAUUGAGAAGUAUAAUCCAUUUUGGAAAGCUGCUUCUCAACUUCUAAAGGAAGAUGCAUGGUGGCGUAAUACAUUUCUGGACACCCAUUAUGAAUCUGACGAUGAAAGGAUCAAAUUCUUAGAAAGUAUUACUGGAGUGGAUCGAGCCGGAACCAACACUAACGUAAAUCUUCAGAACUUCCAACCUUUUUUAAGUGGUUCUAGCAGUGGUAGUGUUAGAUCAUCUUCAAGUUCGGUUGGACACUCUUCAGGAAACUCCGAUCAUAGCCAAGGUGGAAUUCCAUAG